CGUUGCCAAGCGCAUUCGGCCAGUAUCCUCCAAACACAGAGCGAGCGAAAAAAACACAAAAACUUUACUAGUGAUUUUGUAGGUUUUGCGUUGAAUUUUUCAGUUGUUUUUGGUGUUGUAGUGAAUAUAGAAACUAUGCUAGGAGAGGGGAUGUUGAAAGAUUGAAAGAAAUGGUGCUGGCAUCUGAACAAGGGCUGAUUUCAGGGAACGAUGGUACGCUAUUGGCGGCCUGCGCAGGCCUGGGCGCCAUCCUGCUGGUGUUCCUGCUCUACGUCAAAAACAAGGGUUGGUGGUUGGGCACCGUGCGGGGCGUGACCUUGAACUGCUGCGACGAGGCCUGCCCUCCGAUCGCUUCCAGGGCCGUGCCCAACCCUGUGGUGGUACCGUCGCAUCACGUGACGAAUGUUAGCACCAACCAGACUUCGAAAACCAAGCUAGUGAAAAGCUUCUCGUUCGACGGCGCCGACUCCAGCUCCGAAUCGGAGAUGGGUUGCCCGCCGCGCAGCCGCCAAAACUCGGAGAUACCCGCCCUCAACCACCCCACCACCAACCACUUCCUGCCUCUGCGGCACGACCUCAUCUCGCUGGUGGAGAAGGGCAAGGUGGGCAUGAGCAGCAACAGCUCGUGCUGCAGCUCGACGACCAGCUCCAUCGGCGAGAAGCACCAAGUGCUGCCCUCGACCAAGGUCACUGCCGAGGUCAACGAGGCUUUGAAAAGAGCUCCUGAAUUAAGAGAAACCAAAAUAGAUAAUCAAAUGUAUGAGAAUGUAGAUAAUGGUAAUGACGUCAAUAGAAAUGGAGACUGCAUAGUUGUAAUGAACCCGGAAUGCGACGAUAGAACCCCGGAAGUACCCUUGCCCGCCACCAGUGUCGCUUGUGACGUCGAAUCCGGCCAGAACGCCAUAGAACACGACACGGAAGGCGACCGGCUGGUCAGUAGGUGCGGCCACCUCGAGAUAGCGCUGCUGUACGACGCGCCAAUGAGGAAAAUGACAGUGCACGUGCUUCAAGCUAGGAACAUUCCUAGCAGGGAUCGCGGUCAACCCACACACACUCAGGUGAGGUUGAUAUUGUUACCAAGUAAAAAACAGAAGCACAAGACCAAAAUACGAGCAGGAGAGAACCCUCAAUUUAUGGAGAGUUUUCUUUUACACAGAGUCAAUCCAGAGGACGUCAACUCGAUGGGCAUUAGACUGCGCCUCUACGGCUGUGAAAGGAUGCGCAGAGAAAGACUAAUAGGGGAAGCGGUAGUCAGUUUUGCCAACAUAAAUUUGGAACUAGAAAACAACUUCUGGCUGACGAUGGAGUCGAGGUGUAACACAACGCUGAGCGGCUGCACGGGCGAACUGAUGAGCCUGGCCCGCUCCGACAGCACCAGCUCCACUCACUCGAUGCAGCACGGCGGAGUGCCCGAGCUGCUGCUCGGCCUGUGCUACAACGCCAUCACGGGCCGGCUCGGCGUCGAGGUGGUCAAAGGGUCGCAUUUCCGUAACCUGGCCUUGAACAGGGCACCGGAUACCUACGUCAAGCUGAACCUGGUGAGCAGCACGGGGCAGGAGCUGGCGCACAGCAAGACGACGAUCAGGCGCGGCCAGCCCAAUCCGCUGUUCAAGGAGACGUUCGUGUUCCAGGUAGCCUUAUUUCAACUGGCCGACGUGACCUUGAUGGUGUCAGUCUACAACCGCAAAGGCAUGACCAAGAAGAAGGAGAUGGUGGGCUGGUUCAGUUUGGGCCUGAACUCCAGCGGCGCAGAAGAACUGGCCCACUGGAUGGACAUGAAGGAGUUCCAACAGGAGCAGAUCUGUCGCUGGCACAUCCUGGUGCAGUCAUAGCGACAGAAUUACCUCAUUUUUUUGGUUUGAACAGGGAAAUGAAUCAAAUAUUGCAUUGGUGUGUGUUUUUUUACCGGAGGUAUAACCUCAAAGGACAUUGAAAAAAUAUCAAUUGCUUGAGAAUCUCAAGAGAAAAGAAAAGCGUAAUGUUCUAGUUUGAUAGUUUUCUAAGAUUUUCUACUUUAGUGUUUGUAUUUUUUUAUUGAAUCUUGUUGAUUAUGUUAAAUAUACUCUUUUAUGUGUUGCCUGUAUUUUUCAGGUGUUUUUUAAAUUUUAUUAUUCUUUAAAAAAAAAAUGUUAAAGCUAGAUCUAUUUUUAUGUAAGACAUAAAUACGACUUUGGCUAUAUUUAUACAGUAUGUCCGCGGAUAAAGAACCACAAAACAUACUUAGUUUAAUGCUACGGAAAAGGUGAUACUAGUUAUCACAAAAUAGGUUGAUUCCUAUUUUGUGCGAAAGGGUGAUGGUUAAACAACAACAAAAAAUAUGACGUUAAUCAAAAUAAAUAAUAAUAACCAUCUACAGUAUGUCCCUGGACUCUCUUUACAAGAGGAAAACCU